AUGGCUGGCAGUCUGUUUGGAAGACUCUCCCUUGAGGAGGGGGGCUCGGCCUUGUCCUUGGAGGGCCUGGAAAUUAAACUAGGGGGAGAAGCCAUGCAUCAGGCUUUGGACACCCUGAGUGACAGCAUCAGCUCCACAACUGCCAAUGACCUGGACCUCAUCUUCCUCAAAGGAAUCAUGGAGAGCCCAGUGGCUCAUGAGCGCUUUGAAGAACCCAAGUUGGAAGCAGUGAGGGAGAACAACGUGGAGCUGGUCCAGGACAUCCUCAAGGAGCUCAACCCUCUGGCACACAGGAGCCAAGCAGCUGAAGAGCUGGUCCGCAUCCUGAAGGAGCCUCACUUUCAGUCCCUCCUGGAGACCCAUGAUUCUGUCGCUUCCAAAAACUACGAAACGCCUCCUCCCAGCCCUUGCGCCUUCAUGGACGCAGCCCUCAACAAUCAGCCGGUGCCCCCUGAUGCCGUGAGGAUGGUAGGCAUCCGCAAGGUGGCUGGUGAGCACCUGGGAGUGACGUUCCGUGUGGAGAGUGGCGAGCUUGUUAUCGCCAGAAUCCUCCACGGCGGCAUGAUCGACCAGCAAGGUCUACUUCACGUGGGGGACAUCAUCAAGGAGGUGAAUGGCAAGGAAGUGGGCAACGACCCCAAAGUCUUGCAAGAGAUGCUGAAGGAAGCGAGCGGCAGUGUGGUUUUGAAGAUUCUGCCCAGCUACCAGGAGCCCCACACACCAAGACAGGCUUUCGUCAAAUGUCACUUUGACUACGACCCAUCUCAUGACAACCUGAUUCCAUGUAAAGAGGCGGGACUGAGCUUCUGCAGUGGAGAUAUUCUGCAGAUUUUCAACCAGGAAGAUCUGAACUGGUGGCAGGCCUGCCACAUCCAGGGAGGAAGUGCAGGUUUAAUUCCCAGUCAGCUACUGGAAGAGAAGAGGAAAGCGUUUGUGAAAAGAGAUCUGGAGCUCGUUACUACAGGUCCUCUGUGUGCUGGGGUGGUUGGCAAGAAGAAGAAAAAGAUGAUGUAUUUAACCACCAAGAAUGCAGAAUUUGAUCGUCACGAGCUGCGGAUCUAUGAAGAGGUGGCCAAGGUGCCACCCUUCAGAAGGAAGACGUUAGUUCUAAUUGGUGCGCAGGGCGUUGGCCGUCGCAGUUUAAAGAACAAGCUACUGGUGUUGGAUCCUCAGCGGUACGGCACCACCAUCCCAUUCACCAGCAGAAAGCCAAAGGUGGACGAAAGAGACGGGCAGAUGUAUUCCUUCAUGACCCGCAGCGAAAUGGAAUGUGACAUCAAAAACGGACGAUUCCUAGAGCACGGUGAAUACGACGGGAACUUGUAUGGUACUAAAAUCAACUCCAUACACGAAGUGACGGAAACGGGAAAGAUCUGCAUCCUGGAUGUCAAUCCACAGGCUCUCAAAGUCCUGCGGACAGCCGAGUUCUUACCCUACGUCGUGUUCAUCGAGGCUCCGGAUUUUGAGGUCCUUAAAGCCAUGAACAGGUCGGCAAUAGAGUCAGGAGUGGUGACUAAACAGUUAACGGACUCUGAGCUCAAGAGGACAGUGGACGAAAGCGAGCGCAUCAAGAGGGCCUACGGACAUUACUUUGACCUCUGCAUCGUAAACGACGGCCUAGAAGCCACGUUCCGAAGUCUACGCGCUGCCAUGGAAAAAUUGUUAAACGAACAACAGUGGGUGCCCGUCAGCUGGGUCUUUUGA